AUGAUUGAACGCCGUCGUCCCUAUAAUAGCAACGACCGAAUCAAAGAAUUAGGACUUAAGAUGCCUAAAGGAGCCUCCGAAGAGAUGAAGUUAAACAAGGGGACGAUUCUCAAAGCAUCUUGUGACUACAUUCGACAAUUGCAAAAGGAUCGAGAUCAACAACAAAACAAAUUGGAAAACGCUGCGAAACACUACGCCGAUCGAGUCAGGGACACUGUAAAAGUUCAAUCGAUG